AUCUUUGGUCAGAAUAUCUCCCUUGUGGUUUAUAAAAGGAUCCACACAGGACAGAUGCCCUAUAAAUGCUCCCAAUGUGGUAAAUGCUUUACCAAGCAAAAUAAUUUUGUGAAACACCAGAUGACUCACACAGGAGAGAAACCCUUUGAAUGUUCGGAUUGUGGGAAACGUUUCACUCGUAAUUACAACCUGAUGACACACCAGAGGACUCACACAGGAGAGAAACCCUUUGAAUGUUCAGAUUGUGGGAAACGUUUCAGUUUCAGGUAUAACCUGAUGACACAUCAGAGGACUCACACAGGAGAGAAACCCUUUGAAUGUCCUGAUUGUGGGAAAUCUUUCAGACAGAAUUCCACCCUGGUGAUACACCAGAGUAUUCAUACAGGAGAGAAACCCUUUGAAUGUUCGGAUUGUGGGAAACGUUUCAGUUUCAGUUCUAAACUGGUGAAACACCAGCAGACUCACACAGGAGAGAAACCCUUUGAAUGUUCAGAUUGUGGGAAAUCUUUCACUCUGAAUCACAACCUGAUGACACACCAGAGGACUCACACAGGAGAGAAACCCUUUGAAUGUUCAGAUUGUGGGAAACAUUUCAGUUUCAUUUAUAACCUGGUGAGACAUCAGAGGACUCACACAGGAGAGAAACCCUUUGAAUGUCCUGAUUGUGGGAAAGGUUUCAGUCAGAAUUACCACCUGGUGAUACACCAGCAGACUCACACAGGAGAGAAACCCUUUGAAUGUCCUGAUUGUGGGAAAUGUUUCAGUGUCAGUUCCAACCUGAAGAAACACCAGAUGACUCACACCGGAGAGAAACCCUUUGAAUGUCCUGAGUGUGGGAAAUCUUUCAUACAUCAUUCCAGCCUGGUGAGCCACCAGAGGAUUCACACAGGAGAGAAACCGUAUGAGUGUGCACUUUGUGGGAAAAGUUUCAGCUGGAAUUCCAACCUGGUGAACCACCAGAGGACUCAUACAGGAGAGAAACCAUAUGAGUGUUCAGUUUGUGGGAAAAGUUUUAUUAAAAAUUCCGACCUAGUAUACCACCAGAGGACUCACACAGGAGAGAAACUGUUUGAAUGUUCUGAUUGUGGGAAACGUUUCAGUCGCAAUUCCCACCUGGUGACACACCAGAGAACUCACACAGGAGAGAAACCCUUUGAAUGUUCUGAUUGUGGGAAACAUUUCAGUUGCAAUUCCCACCUGGUGAUACACAAGAAGACUCACACAGGAGAGAAACCCUUUAAAUGUUCGGAUUGUGGGAAAUCUUUCAUACGCUAUUCCAACCUGGUGAUACACCAGAGGACUCACACAGGAGAGAAACCCUUUGAAUGUCUUGAUUGUGGGAAACGUUUCAGUUUCAGUUCCUGCCUAGUGAGACAUCGGAGGACUCACACAGGAGAGAAACCCUUUGAAUGUCCGAAUUGUGGGAAACGUUUCAGUUUCAGUUCCAACCUGGUAAGACAUCAGAGGACUCACACAGGAGAGAAACCCUUUGAAUGUUCGGAUUGUGGGAAAUCUUUCGUACACAAUUUCACCCUGGUGGUACACCAGAGAACUCACACAGGAGAGAAACCCUUUGAAUGUCCUGAUUGUGGGAAACGUUUCAGUCAGAAUUCCUGCUUGGUGACACACCAGAGGACUCACACAGGAGAGAAACCCUUUGAAUGUCCUGAUUGUGGGAAACGUUUCAGUUCCAGUUCCAGCCUAGUGAGACAUCAGAGGACUCACACAGGAGAGAAACCCUUUGAAUGUCCAGAUUGUGGGAAAUGUUACAGCUACAGUUCCAACCUGGUGAUACACCAGAGGACUCACACAGGAGAAAAGUCCUUUGAAUGUCCUGAUUGUGGGAAAGGUUUCAAGAAAAGUUCUAAACUGGGUAAACACCAGAGGACUCACAAAGGAGAGAAACCCUUUGAAUGUCCUGAUUGUGGGAAAGGUUUCAGUUUCAGUUCCAACCUGGUGAGACACCAGAGGACUCACAGAGAGAAACCCUUUAAAUGUCCUGAUUGUGGGAAAGGUUUCAGUCAGCAUUCCAACAUGGUGAAACACCAGAGGACGCAUACAGGAGAGAAACCAUAAAAGUGUCCAGUUGUGGGAAAAGAUUUCAGUAUUAGGUCUAACAUUAUACAUCAUAUAUCACACAGGGGAGAAACAUUUGAAAUUGGACUUGAAGGUGGAGCGAAGAAAUAUGGAAAAUAUUAGUUUCAUAUAGACUAACUACCCAAUUGUGAAAUUCCCCGGCUAGUGUAGAGUUAGUCCUUGGGAUACAAUUGUAAUGGGACCGUUACAGCCGUUA